AGGUUAGUUUUUUCCUUCUUUUUUUUUAUUCCCAGUAAGAUACCGUAAAACGACGGGUUUUUCACAUUCAAGCGUUGGCAGCGGUGUCUAGCCAAGGUCGAUGGCAGGUUAAGAGUCACUUUGGGCCCGAGGAGAGGUAUGUAGGUAAAAUGUGCACGUGACAUCAGAUACCAGCGACGUACCGUCGGGUGGCGUCACGAAAGUGAGCGCGGUUGAGCGUGGACGUGAGAGUGCGCGGCUAUAAGUGAGAGUGCGCGUGUCUCGCCUUUCCUCCAGCGCUGACGAACUACCACGCUGACCAAGAAUGGCUUACCGAGCGCAUCACGUGGCGGUGCUGGCCGCGUGCUGCCUGCUGGCGCCCAGCGCCCCGGACACCUCAGCGGCCAGCACGCCGGGACAGCUGUUCGAGCUGUCCGUGGUGCACAUGAACGACUUCCACGCGCGCUUCGAGGAGACGAGCUGGAGCUCUGGCUCGUGCGAGGCGGCGCCCUGCGUGGGCGGCGUGGCGCGCCUCUACUCGGCCGCCACCGAGCUGCUGGCGAGCCGCCCCAACGCCGUGUUCCUCAACGCCGGCGACAACUACCAGGGCACGCUGUGGUACACGCUCUUCAAGUGGCGCCUCACCCUGCACUUCAUGAACCGCCUGCCGCACGACGCCAUGACGCUGGGGAACCACGACUUUGACGACAAGCUGGAUGGCCUGGUGCCAUUCCUGCAGGGCUUCCAGUACCCUGUGGUGGUGUGCAAUAUCGAUGACUCGGAGGAGCCGCGCAUCCAGGGGCUGUACAACAAGUCCGUGGUCCUGAAGCGGGGAGGACGGCUGGUCGGCGUGGUCGGCUACAUCACCACCACCACUAAGGAGAGCUCCAAACCGGAGAAGCUGCGCUUCCUGGACGAGGUGGAGAGCGUGCGGCAGGAGGCGGCCCGCCUCAAGGCCGCCGGAGUGGACAUCAUCAUCGGCCUGUCGCACGCCGGCAUCACCAAGGACCUGGAGGUCGCCGCCAGAGUCCCGGACAUAGACCUCAUAGUGGGAGGACACUCCCACACCCUGCUCUACACAGGGACUCCCCCGGGGGGCGACGUGGCCGCCGGACCCUACCCGCUGGUCGUGACCCAGGCCAGCGGCAAGCGGGUGCCCGUGGUGCAGGCCUACGCCUUCAGCAAGUACCUGGGCAACCUCACCGUGCUGUUCGACGAGCAGGGGGAGCCCGUCAGCUGGAGCGGCGCGCCCAUCCUCAUGGACAGCUCCGUGCCGCAAGACACGGGGAUCCUGAAGGAGAUGGAGCCGUGGAAGGCGAAGGUAGCCCAGGUGGGGGACGAGCAGGUGGGGCGCACCAAGGUGCUGCUGGACGCCUCCGACAGCAUCUGCGCCCGCGGGGAGUGCAACCUGGGCAACAUGCUCGCCCAGGCCAUGGUGGAGGAGUAUGUGGACCACGCUGAAGAAGGCACCUGGACAUAUGCGGCUAUAGCUAUCAUGAAUUCUGGAGGAUUUCGAUCAUCAAUUGAAGAAACCCAAAAUGGAGUGAUCACGAUGACGGACCUGAUGACGUGCCAGCCCUUCCUCAACACCGUGGACACGGUGGAGCUGCAGGGCCGCCACCUGCUGCUGAUGCUGGAGCACUCUGUGUCACGCCAGCUCAACUACACUGGCCUGCCCGGCUACACCGGCUCCGGCUUCCUGCAGGUCUCAGGCCUGCAGGUAGAGCUGGACGUGAGCCGGCCGCUGGGGUCGCGCGUGGUGUCGGUACGGGUGCUCUGCGAUGCGUGCCGUGUACCGGAGUACCUGCCGCUGCAGAUGGACAAGUGGUACCGCCUGGCUCUGUCCUCCUUCCUGUACGAGGGCGGCGACGGCUUCACCAUGUUCCUGCAGCAUGGCCGCAACCACAGCAUGGGUCGAGUCGACAUCGACGUGUACCUGCAGUACCUGGCGAAGCACAGCCCCAUCACGCAGGGAGUGGACGGCAGGAUCGUCCUGCACCAGGAGAACAGCAACAGCCUGUGACCCGCCGAGCGCCGCAGGAGGACUCGCCCGCCGGUCGCCUCGAACUGCCCUCCUUCAAGCCAGUCCAGACCCACGCGGAGAAAAGGAAAAUCAAAGUGGAUUUUUAACAUUUCAUAGCCCUUAUUGCAUUGCCAUCUUUAGCGGUCACGAACUUCCUACGUAAGUUGAGUAACAUGUGGGCACCUCCUAAAACAAAUACAUAUUUAUCAUCUAAAAGCAACAGGACGGUAACUGUACAGAGACAAUCUUCUGUUAGCCAACAAAAUUCAAUGGAUACAAAACAGAUGUGAUAGGCUAUCACCAGGCACAGAAGCUUGGUUGAUUAUAAAGUAAAUUAUGAGGAGACAUUAACUGAUUGGCGACGCAUUAAAGAACCCAGGUAAACUAUAAGAAGAGGUUUAUGACCUUCUGACAUUCAUGGCGUAAGUUCACAAUACUCUGCCAGUGUGCUAAUGUUUCCUUAAUAUAAUUAUAAUUGUUUUAUCAAUUCAUAAAAUAAAUUUUACAACGCUGUUAAAAAUGCCUUCAAAUUGCAGAAUUGGAGGUUAUUUUUUAAAAAAACCUGUACCUGUGCGACGAUAUUUCUCCCUCCCCCUUUUCACCAAACACAUGUUACCUCUAUGUUUUCUUAAUGUCCCUGUCUGACUUAAACGCCAACCUUUUCCCCGAGAGAAGAAUAAUUUUUCAACGUUGUCAUUUAGGAACUAAGUCACGAACUCAUCUGGCUAGAUGCAGCUUAGUUUGUUUUCUUUAGUUUCUUUAUUGAAAACUAAAGAAACUGAUCUAAUUGUAAUACUGGUUUUUAAAAAUAAAUGUACAUAUAUAUAUUUAAUUCGCUUAAAAAUUAAAUGUGAUUCUCGUGAUAACUUUAUAAAAUAAUGGAUUAAAUUAAUUUUUUUAAUCUGAAAUAAUGCUUUAUUAUACCUCAUGUAACAUCCUAAGUAUCAUAAAGUGUGAAUAAAAUGUGAAAUAAAAUGUUGUUAAAUUUU